UACCGCCAGUCCAUUUUGCAACUACAGAAAAAUACUAAAAAUAGGCCGGUUUUUUAAAUUAAUGUAGUGCUACAGCCUCAAUAUAAUGAAUUAUCAAAAGGCUCUUGUGCUAGUUGUAUUGUUUAUUUGUCUGGCUUCGCACGCUCACACCGCCAAACAAAAUAGCAAAAACUUAGUUGUAGACAAUCUCGCAGACGCCAAAGAUCUCAAAAAAUUGCUGAGAACCAAAACAAACGUCUUGGCAUGUUUCUACAAUUCAUACAAAAAAGCUCAAACUAUUUUAAGUGUGCUCAACGAUGUAGCUAGAAAUGUUAAAGGUGAAGGAGUUAUUGCUAUUAUAAAUUGUUCUGGAGAGGCUAAAAAACUUUGUAAAAAAGUUAAAAUUCCUAACAAUGAACCGUUUUUGCUCAAACACUACAAAGAUGGAGAGUUUAAUAAAGACUAUGAUAGAAAGUACAAUGAAAAAUCAAUUACUAAUUUUAUGAAAGAUCCUACUGGAGAUUUGCCUUGGGAAGAAGAUGAUUCUGCUAGAGAUGUAGUCCAUAUACCAGAUCCGAGUACUUUGGUCAAGUUUUUAAGGAAAGAAGGCAAACCCAUUUUAAUAAUGUUCUAUGCUCCUUGGUGCGGAUAUUGCAAGACCUUAAAACCAGAGUACUCUUCGGCCGCUACAGAUCUAAAAGAUCAUUCGGUUUUGGCAGCAGUAGAUGUUAAUAGACCCGAAAAUGCUGUACUACGCUCUCAAUAUAAUAUCAGCGGAUUCCCUACAUUAUUAUAUUUCAUAAAUGGUUCAUUAAAAUACACCUAUGAAGGUGACAACAAGCGAGCCUCUCUGGUUCAAUUUAUGCACGACCCAGUGGCACCUCAAGUAAAAGUUAAGGAACCCGAUUGGUCAGAGUCUAAUAGUGAUGUGGUGCAUCUUAUAUCAUCGAAUUUUGAUACUGUUUUGAAAGAAUCUGCUUCAGUAUUGGUCAUGUUUUAUGCUCCAUGGUGUGGUCAUUGUAAAAGAAUGAAGCCUGAGUAUGAAACUGCAGCUGCACAAAUGAAGGAUGAAGGAAUUGGAGGUGUCUUAGCUGCAGUAGAUGCCACCAAAGAACCAUCCAUAGCCACUAGAUAUAAUGUAAAAGGUUAUCCAACUGUGAUAUACUUUGCCUACGGCGAGCAAAUGUACAAUGCCAACGUACGAGAAGCGUCAAAAAUAGUUGACUUUAUGAAGGAUCCCAAAGAACCUCCACCGCCUCCACCACCAGAAAAGCCAUGGAGCGAAGAAUCUAGUGAUGUAAUUCAUUUAACCGAAGACAACUUUAAGCCUGUUUUAAAAAAGAAAAAGCACGUUCUGGUUAUGUUCUAUGCCCCUUGGUGCGGGCAUUGUAAGAAAUCGAAACCAGAAUUCACAGAAGCUGCAGCAGAGUUCAAGGAAAACUCAAGAGUGGAAUUUGGUGCAGUGGACUGUACCAUAGAGACGUCAGUUUGUAGUGCUUUCGAGGUCAAAGGAUAUCCUACUUUCAAGUAUUUCAGUUACUAUAAUAAGGAAAUAUUGCCAUAUAAUGGAGGACGAACUAAAGAAGACUUUAUUCAAUACAUGUCCAACCCAAUUCAACCAAUUCCUGUCUCUAAUCCAGCACCUGUUGAACAAUGGACUAGCGAUCCAGCCAUUAUAAAAUUAAACGACAGCAACUUUAAGACAGAACUCCAGCAAAACCAAUUUGUUUUAGUAAUGUUUUAUGCUCCAUGGUGUGGUCAUUGUAAUAAAAUGAAGCCAGAGUAUGUUACGGCCGCUCAGCAAUUGGAAGCGGAGGGCCUGAAAAAAUGUCUGGCCGUGAUUGAUUGCACUGAAAACCCGCAAACAAUGCAAACAUACGAGAUUCAAGGUUUUCCCACUAUUAAACUGUUUAAAAAUGGCAAAUUUAUUACAGAAUAUACAGGCAAAAGGACCACGGAAGCCAUUAAAACGUUUAUCAAACAAUAUCAUGGACCUAAAGAUGAAUUAUAGGAGAAAAAUUGACCAAUGAUGGAACAAGUGUCAAUAUGCUGUAGGCAAAAUACAAUAUGUGAACUUUGAAUAAUUUACUAAUUUUUAUUAACUUUUUUUUAUCAGUAUUGUAAAUAGUACACAAAAAUCUGCAUAAAUUCCUCUGAAUAGUAUUUAUUUAUAUUUAAACAUUAUUUUGUGCUGCAAUAGAAGGUUGUGAUUAUUUUAAAUCAGGUAUAUGAUACUCAAUAUUUUUUUGUUGUGCCUUUUUGUUUUAGAACAGUACUUAAGUUUUUGUUUAGGGAAUUGAGUUCUCUAUGCCAGAUUUAUUCUGUGAAGUACCUAUUCAAGUAAGAUAGAUAAUCCUCAUUUUGUAUAUUUUGCUCGUGUCUACUUUGAACUUAGUCAAUAACCUAGGAAAUUAUUAAUUAAAUGGACAUAAUCAUUAUUAAUGGACCCAAUUUAAUAAUAUCUUUUUACAGGCUGUAAUUUUUUUUAAAAUAAUAAAUGUAAGUUCUAUUGAA